CUAUGUGUAAUCGUCGUGACUCGUGAUGCGUCUUGUGUGCUCCAUAUAUAGUCUAUGGUUUAUCAUCUCAUCUCUGUCAGUAUCCAGUGCCUACUACUUACUGUCCAUCUACCGACUCUACCCUCAAUCUCAUCACUAACACUUGUAAAUUCUCCCUUGGCUUCCUCCCUAUUUCCAUAGCAAGAUUCUGGCCUUCUAUUUUCUUCUUCAUCAUUACACCACCAUCACUCAAAAGAAGCAUGAUGGCCGUUUUGGAUGCUCUGUUGGGAACGGUCAAUGUGGCAUUCUUGUAUGCCAUUUUGAUAUGGCUUUUGGUGGAUAGUUUGAGACAAAGCACUCGUAAUAACCAUGCUCGUGUUGUACUGCAUUAUUUCAAACGAGGAGGACCAAUGGUUUUCGCUGUAUUCACUGUUCUAUCCUGUGCUGUUAUUUCUGUUAUGAACAUUGCCCUUGCCUUUUACCAAUACAGCUCUAGGAGAAUAAUCGGAUUUAACUCUGUUUCCUUGGUUCUAACUUGGGUUUUGGCCACUAUAGUUUCGUUUUAUUCAAUGAGGACUAAAGUGAGGGAGAACAAGAGGUUCAGGUUCCCUCUUGUUCUGAUCCUAUGGUGGUUUUUUGCUUGUAUCAUAGAUGCACUAUUGCUGUCUUCAAAGCUGGUAAAAAAAUUUGAAUCAAUCAACUUGUGGUUUUUCUUGUCAAAGGAUAACGUAGUAGAUUCGGUUUCUUUGCCUUUGUUGGUACUUCUUUGUUUCAAUGUGUGUGCAAGGGAAAACAGUGAUUUGGAACAAGAACAGAUGUUACUUCAAAAAGAGGAGGAAUCUUCUAUGGAGGAAGAAGACGAACAGGCCUUUACAAAUGCAAGCAUGUGGAGCAAACUUGCAUUUCGAUGGUUGAAUCCCAUUUUUAAAACGGGUCGGAUUCAAAAACUUGAACUUGGUCACAUUCCUCCUGUUCCUCCUUCUGAAACGGCAGAAAAUGCUUCUUCAGUGUUGGAAGAAUCACUUCGCAAACAGAAACUUAAAGGAGGUUCCUUGACAAAAGCUAUUGCCUAUUCUAUAUGGAAGUCCUUGGCCUUAAACGCAGUUUUAGCUGGUGUUAACACAGGUGCCUCUUAUAUAGGUCCCUUGUUGAUAACAAAUUUUGUGAAUUUUUUACUGGGGGAUAAUGGUGAUUCAAGCAUCCAAUAUGGAUUGGUUCUUGCAUUUAUUUUUUUCCUUGCAAAGACUGCGGAGUCACUGAGUCAAAGACAAUGGUACUUUGGUGCUCAACGAAUUGGAAUCCGGGUGCGUGCGGCUCUUACAUCUCUAAUUUAUAGCAAGUCCCUAUUGAUGAAGUGUGCUGGACCAACACAAGGUAAAAUCAUCAAUUUGAUUAAUGUGGAUGUUGAAAGAAUUGGGGACUUCUGCUGGUACAUUCAUGGAGUUUGGUUGCUUCCAGUUCAGGUCAUUUUGGCCUUGGUAAUCUUAUACAUAAAUCUGGGUGGUACUCCUUCUUUUGCUGCAUUUGGUGUCACCAUAUUGGUCAUGGUGUGUAACACACCUUUGGCCAAUAAGCAAGAAGGUUUGCACUCCAAGAUUAUGGAAGCUAAGGAUUCAAGAAUUAAAGUGACAUCAGAGACCAUGAAAAACAUUAGAAUUCUAAAAUUGCAUUCAUGGGAAACUUCAUUCUUGCAGAAACUCCUCCAACUUAGGGAAACUGAGAGGAGGUGGCUGCAGAAAUACCUCUAUACAUGCUCAGCAGUAGCCACACUAUUCUGGACAUCUCCAACUUUAGUUUCUGUUGUCACCUUUGGUGCUUGUAUACUGGUGAAAACAGAACUGACGACAGCUACAGUACUCUCAGCUUUAGCGACCUUUCGUAUUCUGCAGGAACCAAUCUACAACUUACCGGAGCUUAUCUCCAUGAUCAUUCAAACAAAAGUCUCCGUUGAUCGAAUCCAGGAGUUCAUUAAGGAAGACGAUCAAAACCAAUUCAUAAACAGGCAUAGUUCAAAGAUUUCAGCAGUUGCUAUUGAAAUUAAGCCGGGCGAAUAUGUAUGGGAAACAAAUGAUCAAACCCACAAGAAUCCAACAAUUCAAAUUACAGGAAAGUUAGUGAUAAAGAAAGGUCAGAAGGUAGCAAUUUGUGGGUCAGUGGGGUCCGGUAAAUCAAGUUUGAUAUGCUGUUUGCUUGGGGAGAUUCCAUUAGUUUCUGGGGCAGUAACCAAAGUCUAUGGGACUAGAAGUUAUGUGCCCCAAAGUCCAUGGAUUCAGUCUGGAACUGUAAGAGAGAAUAUAUUGUUUGGCAAGCAAAUGAAGAAGGACUUUUAUGAAGAUGUUUUGGAUGGCUGUGCUUUGCACCAAGACAUCAACAUGUGGGGUGAUGGAGAUUUGAACCCGGUGGAGGAGAGGGGCAUAAACUUGAGUGGUGGGCAGAAACAGCGGAUUCAAUUGGCAAGGGCUGUUUACAAUGAUUCUGAUAUUUAUUUCCUUGAUGAUCCUUUUAGUGCUGUUGAUGCUCAUACCGGAACUCAUUUGUUUAAGAAAUGUCUCAUGAAACUUUUAUAUGAUAAAACGGUUGUUUAUGCUACCCAUCAACUGGAAUUCUUGGAAGCUGCAGACCUCAUUUUGGUAAUGAAAGAUGGAAAAAUAGUGGAGUCAGGAAGCUAUAAAGAUCUUAUAGCAUGUCCCAACUCUGAACUUGUUCAACAAAUGGCUGCUUAUCAAGAAACAUUACACCAAAUAAAUCCAUGCCAAGAAGAUGAUUCUGCUAGCUGCAGACCCUGCCAAAAAAAUCAAAUUGAAGUUGCUGAAGAAAAUAUUCAAGAGAUCAUGGAGGAUUGGGGAAGAAGUAAAGAAGAGGAAGCAGAGACGGGUAGAGUGAAAUGGAGUGUUUACUCAACUUUUGUCAUAUCUGCUUAUAAAGGAGUGCUUGUUCCGGUUAUUCUUCUCUGCCAAAUUCUCUUUCAAGUUAUGCAGAUGGGAAGCAAUUAUUGGAUUUCAUGGGCUACAGAGCAGAAAGGCAGGGUCAACAACAAACAGCUUAUGGGAACAUUUGCUCUUCUAUCUUUUGGUGGCACCAUCUUCAUACUGGGAAGGACUGUUUUAAUGGCAGCUGUUGCUGUGGAAACUGCUCAACGCCUUUUUCUUGGAAUGAUCACAUCAGUUUUCAGGGCACCUGUUUCAUUUUUUGACACCACACCUUCAAGCCGAAUUAUGAGUAGGUCAUCAACGGAUCAAAGUACUGUAGACACAGACAUACCAUACAGAUUAGCUGGACUAGUGUUUGCACUUAUCCAGUUAUUGAGUAUCAUUGUGCUAAUGUCUCAAGUUGCAUGGCAAGUCAUUCUCCUCUUUUUUGUGGUGUUUGCAAUUUCCAUUUGGUAUCAGGCUUAUUACAUCACAACAGCCAGGGAAUUAGCCAGGAUGGUUGGGAUUCGAAAGGCACCAAUCUUGCAUCACUUCUCAGAAUCAAUUGCCGGGGCUGCUACAAUCCGCUGUUUCAAUCAAGAGAAACUAUUCAUGACCAAGCUUAAGGCUCUAAUUGACGAUUAUUCUCGGGUAGCCUUUCACAAUUUUGGCACCAUGGAAUGGCUGUCUGUCCGAAUCAAUUUCCUCUUCAAUUUGGUCUUCUAUUUUGUACUUGUCAUCUUGGUUACUCUUCCAAGGUCUACCAUUGAUCCAAGCUUGGCGGGUUUGGUAGCUACUUAUGGUUUGAACUUGAAUGUCCUUCAGGCUUGGGUGAUAUGGAAUCUUUGCAAUGUUGAGAACAAAAUGAUAUCAGUUGAGAGAAUAUUGCAGUUCUCUAGCAUACCAAGUGAAGCGCCAUUAAUUAUUCAAGAUUGCAGACCUGAACCAGAGUGGCCAAAGGAGGGAAAAGUUGAACUACGUAACCUUCAUAUACGGUAUGACCCUGCUGCUCCUAUGGUCCUCAAAGGUGUCACUUGUGUCUUCCCCGCACAAAAGAAAAUUGGUGUAGUAGGCAGGACAGGGAGUGGAAAAUCUACUCUGGUGCAAGCCCUCUUUCGAGUGGUGGAGCCUUUGGAAGGAUGUAUACUUAUUGAUGGUGUAGAUAUUUCCAAGAUUGGUCUGCAAGAUUUAAGAUCUAAGCUUGGUAUAAUUCCUCAGGAUCCAACCUUGUUUCUAGGUACUGUAAGGACUAACUUGGAUCCACUAGAACAACAUGCUGAUCAAGAACUUUGGGAGGUUCUCAGCAAGUGCCAUCUUGCUGAAAUAGUGAGGCGGGAUCCAAGACUUCUUGAUGCACCAGUGGCCGAGAAUGGAGAGAAUUGGAGUGUUGGACAAAGGCAGCUUGUAUGCCUUGCUAGGUUACUACUGAAGAAAAGAAGAAUUUUGGUCCUAGAUGAGGCAACUGCAUCAAUUGACACAGCCACUGACAAUUUAAUUCAGAAGACAAUUAGGGAAGAAACAAAUGGAUGUACAGUUAUUACAGUAGCGCAUAGAAUUCCUACAGUUAUUGAUAAUGAUCGGGUUUUGGUCCUUGAUGAAGGGACAAUUGUAGAGUAUGAUGAACCAGCUCAAUUGCUGCAGAACAAUUCUUCUUCAUUCUCAAAGUUAGUCUCAGAAUUUUUGAGGAGAUCAUCCCAAAGUAGCUUCCAGAAAAGAUAGACAAUGAGGACAGGCAUAAGAUAUUUUCAGGAGGAUAGUAUAGCAGUGACAGACCACCAUACUGUACAUAGAGAAAAGUUAGGCCCAAUGCUGAGCAGAAUUGGUUCCGGCAUUGGACCACAACUCAAGAAACACUGACUGAUUACAUUAGCAACUUAAGGAUUAAGGUUAACAUAUAUUUGGGGCUCCUGAUGAUCAUAGUAUAUUCUUAGUUGCUGUUCUACUGUCAAGAACUUGACUGAUUCUCUAACCAAAUUUUCCUUUUCCAAAGAAAUAUGUACGUCAAUAUGGGACUUCACCUCACUUGUACUCCAACAUUAGGUUUUGCAAUUGAUUAUUGUUUAGAUAUUCGUGCAAAAGCAACGAAAUAUUGGAAUUUUGAUCAGUUCCAGUUUUAGAGCUUUCGCUAACAUUUAAGAGCUCUUUGAAUUUAAGAGCCCUGGAGGAGGCAUAGCAGAUCUUUUGUUGUUCUA